AUGGACACCUUCGAGCGGAAAACGAUUGUGACGCGGCGCUCACUCAAAUACACAUACUAUGUGUCUCGUCACGGUGAAUCUUCCAAGCAGCAUCCCACGCUGUUCUUCAUUCACGGCUUUCCAGACUCGGCGCGGCUGUGGGCAGAUGUGGUGGCCCAACUCGGCCAUCUACCCAACCAGAUCAUCAUUCCCAACUGCUUAGGGUACGGGGGCACCGACAAGCCAACAGACACAAAGAUGUACGCGUACAAACAUCAAGUAGACGACCUUGCCGAGAUCUUGGAGGCCGAGAAAUCCCAGUCCACCAUCGUCAUCGGGCAUGACUGGGGCAGCGUCGUCGCCCAGCGCCUCUAUCUUUACAAGCGAGAGCUGAUCAGCGGCGUGGUCCUACUCAACACUGGAUACAUGCUACCGUCGGACGAGCCUUUCGAUCUCGCCGCCGUCAAUGAACUCACAAAGCAGGCCUGGGGCUACCCUCAGUUUUCAUACUGGGAAUUCUUCCUGGGGCCCGAUGCUUCCGAGAUCAUCGAUGCAAACUUGGAGCGGAUGUGGCAGGUGUUACACGGUGACGUAAAGGACUGGAUGAAGACGUUGUUCUGUACUCCGGGCGCAAUGCGCGCGUUCCUCCUCGGAGACGAGAACGUCCCGUUGAAAGCAUAUGCCCAGCGGCCGGAAUGGAAGGAGCACUUCCUGCAGCAAUUCAGGGCCGAUGGGUUUGAGUCGGCCUUGCAGGUGUACAAGGCCACCGCGUCGAAUGUGCAGUUCGAGUCAGAUCUGACCAUCCCCAAGGACCGUUUGGCCAUUCAGGUGCCGGUUCUGUUUGUGAUUUGCUCCGACGAUGCCGUCUGUCAGCCGGAAAUAAUGACGCCGGCCAAAGGUUUAGGCCUCCUGCCUGAUUUUAAGGAAGUCGUGGUCGAGGCGGCGCAUUGGUCGCCAAUGGAGAAGCCUGAAGAAAUUGCGGCGAAUAUUAGAGACUUUGUGAUCGAGAGGUUCGCCUCGAACAAGGCUAGUAAAUGA